AUGUGCCUCAAGAAAGCAGAGCGGCGAUCAAAAGCCACAAAUAUGACCUCGCUCAGUGCAUCCGCAGUACUAACAGGCAACGUUGACGAGCAUCAAACACCCAGCAACACGAAGAUCCCUGCCCUUUGGCAAGUUACGCACAAGCUGCUGAGGUGCAUUUUUGCCCGUGGCAACUCGAUCAGUUUACGCGAAAUCUAUACAUUGGACGACGACAAGGAUGGAUCAUCUUCAAAGAGCCGUCGGUACUAUGACGUCCUCGCCGUACUAACCACGUGCAAUAUUCUUCAGCUCAACACAACGUCCAAGUUCGACCGAGCCAAAUAUGCAAAAUUGAACCCCCUCAUAUUAACAGAUCCGCAAUCGUUUUCCGUGUUUGACCAAGUGCGUCGUCACGACAACUCAAUGCCUGUCGCACCUGUGUUCAUCCAACGGCAGUCCAAAUUGAAGGUUAUAUCGAGCGACAAGAGGCCACGGUUGUGGGCGAAGCAAAAAGCAACAGGAUCUCAGCAACAGUUGAUCGCCCACGCUGAAUCGAACACCCCCUGCGAGGACUAUCCAAGUGCAGGCAACACUAUUUCGUUUGCAACCCUGCUUGAAAAGUCCCUGUUUGACAUCGAACCGUUUGAGCCAUUCUGUCAUGCGGCCGCAACAGAUGCCUCUGACGACCACUCCAUUUCCAUUGCGAACAAGACCGAUUUCAAGCUCCUCCUGUCCCCGUGCAAGGGCAUGUACGAGUCUGACGAGUUCGAGUCAUUUUUUUCGCAGUUUCCGCUGACCGACUGCGACAGCCUGGAGGUGGACGACGUUGGAGAUAUGGAGCUGUGA